UCCAUUGGCUCUGACGUAGUCGACCACGACGUUUGUCCAAAAACCUAUAAUAAACACUAGAAAGACCAAAUACACGUCUUUUGGCAAACAUUUACCCUUUAGUACCAUACCUGUUAAUACAAGGGCUUGUAUCGAAACGGCCACAACGGCCGGUAGGUUUGUCCUUAUUAUGUUCAGCAUACAUGGUGUGGGGUUAGGAAUGGUGCGUUAUGUGUCAGCCCUUACUCUUACUGUAACAUUGGCAUGGGCUUGCAACACCGUACCUCACAACAGAGAAAUGUGUUCGACAAUGAUCUCUGUUGAUAACGGAGAAGACUUGGCAGCUGUACGAGAAAAGGCAUUCGCGAACUUCAAAUCGACAUGUCGAAAGAUGCGUGACUUUAAUGACGCGUCUCAAUGCUAUGAUCACAUCACAACACCGAGCAGACACAUAUACCCUCAAGAGGGGUUCUUGAACACCCCCUUAGAGCGACUCGAAUUCAGUGUCCAGUCUACAAACAACGUCUUUCUGGACCUGAGGGACACUGGCAACAAUUUAAUUGUUAUUGAAUUAGGCAGCACCUCUCGCAUAGAAUCGGUCGCAUCAAUGCCAGCUGAAAGCAAAUACGUAAACCUAAGUGAUUCAACUCGCUUCUGGGUGACGUACAUCAACGGAAAUGUACAGGUAGGAGCUUACGGACAAGAGGAGCCAUUUAUGGAAAGUAACGAUUCCAACAUGAAAGUGAUUAAGUAUGUAAUAUUUGACUCUGACGCGAUCGCUGAGUGGUUCGUAUACAUGCCAUGUGAUGCUGCAUGAUGUCAUUCAAGUUUCAGGAUUAGUUUGGGUAAUCUCAAAGUUUCCUCUAUCAGCAGAAAAAGGGAAAACAACGAGAGAAAUUACAACAAACAGACUUUCAGAUUAUUAUUUAAUAACUAAGUUUGACAGUUUUUCAUAUUGUAAGUACAAACUCAUCAUUUGGUGUCGUAGAGAUAAGCUCUGAUAAUUGUCUCAAUUCGAAAUCAUAAUUUGAAAUGUAACGUAUGCUGAAGAAAAAACUACAGUAAAAAACUAAACUUGUCUAGCCAAAGAUGCUCUCCUAAAACAAAUAAAUUUAACUCAAGAAAUAGCAAAGCCAGUAAAUACAUAUUAAUUAUAUCACAACAAGCUUAAAUAAUGAACCAAAUAAGAUAAUAAAACAAAAAUAACCGUCAAAAAGGAGGCAGGAGAUAAGGGAAUCGCAGGAAAAAGGCACAGCAAAGACAGUGCCUUCUCAAAGAUUACAGGGCAGAUUGAAAUUACAACAAAUUUAGUUGCUCUGAAAAAAAUUAUGCUGGGCAAAGAUAUAAUUAAAAUGGCAUUGAUCCUGGCACUGACAGUUGAAAGGAGUUCCAUUUUCUUACAUAAUAAUUGCACAUUCUGAUAAGCGUUUGGUUUUCAUUAUUUCGCUUCAAUGCGUUUAACCCAAUAACAGUGCUGUAACGAAAGGGCUAUUAAAACAUUGAUGUGGUGCUAGGUUUUAGAUGAAGAAGGCGCCCUCUGUUGAUUUGUGCCAAUGGUGUUCAUAGUCCCGAUUUGAGGCCAUAAACACAAUUGGAGCAAUUGUCGCGUGUUAGGUUUUUAUUCUCAAAAAAAAAAAAAUCCUGUGUCAAUCUUUCUGCUUCAACGGCACAGGCUGCAUUAGAUGUGUGCCCCCCCCCUUGUUGGGAGUCAAAGUAUAGACGGUAAAAGUGUAUAAAUGCCGCAUCGCAUAAAAUGCGCACUGUAUAGCGUAUUUUUAUUUAUUUUUUUUUUUGGGGGGGGGUAAAUUGACUCAAAAAGUAAUCCAUGUUGAUUUGUGGUAACGAUUUGGAACAUAUGAAUUGUGUUAAUGGUCAAGUGAAAUGGAUUUAACUGAUUAAUAUCACUUUGACCACUAUAUCAAUAUUUGAAAAUAAAAACUUAAAGGGAAGGUACACUGUUGGUGGUU